ACGGUGGGAGUACUUCCUAGCGCUUGUGCGCCUUGCUCUACCAGGCCUAGAUUCGAUCGGAGUCGAUGGCGAACGCCGGGCUGCGUGCCUACCGGGAGGUGCUGCGGCUGGUGCGGCGGCUGCCUGCCGACGCGCGGCCCUAUUACGCCAAGUACGCCCGCGAGAACUUCGUCAACUACCGCCACCUAUCUACCGACGACGACCUCGCCGGCCUCCUCCGCCGCGCGCAUGCCCACUCCGCCUGGGUCCUCUCCAAGUACUCCAUCGACGCCGCCGAGGCGGCAGGGCGUCUCAAGGAGAUCUGCGGCGAGCGCGGUGCCGAGUGAGGGGAGGAUCGUGGCAGCGGGCCGUGGCGCGGUGCCGGUGGUGCGUGCACGCAAGGUGUUCGGCCAUAUGACUCUGUAGUGGUUUUAAGUUAUUAUCUGCCCGAACAGGGUGAGCUGCCCUGUUCUGUUCUGCCUCUACUGUGCUGUUUUAGAGCUGGGCGCUUCCAUGUUUCCAAAUGUUCUACGGUAGUGGGAAAUAAGAUCAACAUUCAGCUUC